CACGCACACAAACACACACACACACUGAAAGCCCAACGCGGAAUUUAAAAUCGAUCUCCGUCUUUAAGCAUUUCAUCCAUCCUUAACUUGAGAAUGACAAAUGGUCAAUAGGAGGGGAACAUAAUGUCAGGUCGCGAAAAGGCAAAAGAAGCGACAACAUUCAAUGGACCUUUUAAAUUUCCUAUGACAAAUGUCAAUAAUGCAUCAAAUAAAUCAAUAAAUGGCGUAAAUGGUACGCAUGACACAGGAAAUACAAACGAUCAUUCAACAAAUACAAUCAAAUACGAUAUCCUAUUCCAACCAAAAUAUACACGAGCAUGGGAAAAAUCCAGAAAGAUUGAAUCAAACAAUGACACCAUACCAACAAGGGAAGAAUUAGACGCUCAACUUCGACCAGAAGAUGAAGGUUUAGUGCCAUUGAAUGCAAUCGCAGGAAGAAUUGUACAUUAUGCAUGGCAACUGUUUGCAAAUCAAGUAGAAAUCAAUCCUUCCAUAUCACCUCUAGAAAGACGGAAGCGGAUAUACGAUGAUGCACAUGAAGCAAGAAAGCAAUUGAUAAAGUUACUUGUUCUGACGCAGUGGUCAAAAGCCUCUCCUGAAUUACAAGUAGCACGCAACUUGAUUGCAUUCAUCAAUGAUCACAUCGCACAAUCUGAGGCUGCUCUAGACGCACUUCAAGCUACAAGAGGUGUACUGAACAAUGCAAGACUGCGGAAUUACGACUUGAAAACGGCAAUCGAAGUACUCAGCACCGGUAGUCCUCAAUCUGUACCACCAUCAGUAAAGCCGUUCUUAAACGCAGACAAGCCAUUCAGCAACGAAGAAGCUAUUGCUCUAGUGAAAGAGCUGGACGACGUACUACGACUACGACUAGCAUGCGAAGAGUUCCUAGCUACUCCACUUCUGUCUUAUACGAUCAGCGAUGGCCGUGCCUGCUUUGUUGCUUAUGGACUUUUCGAGACAGACUUGACAUUAUCAGGAUCAUCACAAGACGACCGAUGGUUCUGCCUGCGAGUCAAGUUUGAUUUUCACAUCUCCGGUGCAGGCUCCGACAAAUUCCCACGACAGCUUAAAGGACAACAACGGUUGGAUCUCUUGGACCUUGCUAAUAAUGAACUUGCGCCUCGUAGCAUCGCAGCUGUGACUGAAGCACAAGAGCAAAUCACAGAAGGUGACGAAACGGUGCAGAAUGCAGAGGGACAUGCGGCGCUCUCCAGCUCGAAAGAUACGCGGAUAGAAGAGCGAAAGGAUACACCUCUCAUUCGAUUGUACAACCUUCUUCAAUCUCAAUCCCUUCAUUAUCGACUCGACAUUCUGCAUUGGCAAGCAACACAGCUAAUCAAGCUAAGCUGGGGUCAGCGGCUAACGGUGUUCAUCGACAGCAUGCGAACGCUACAUAUCCAAUACUGGAAGAAUGCUCGAUCGUCCACCGAUAACGCAAAGGAAGAUUGGGACCCGAUCGCUCGCGCUGAAAUUUGCGUAUCAGUGAUCGAGACAGAUCCUAGACAAGGUGCAUCGGCGGUUAUCAAAUCUCUAUUUGAAAGAAGUGAUGAUCGAAUGCAGAAGCCCAUCAGUCUGCAGCUCUCAGUGGAAUGGAAUGUAAAAGGUGUCAUUAUUGACUAUCUAGGCUCACGUGAGAUAACGGUAGAUCAUCGUAACCUGGAUGCUGAGGCCAUCUUGAUCGAUGUGACGCAGAUGCAUGCAAAGGCUGCAGUAGAAGCAUUCAAGACUCGCAUCGAGGCCAGUGCGCUGAGAAGGACAAUGCGGACUGAGAAAAGGUUAAAAUCUGUGGGACCUAUAGAGGAAUAUGGUCUUUUGAUCCAUGUGAACGAAAGAUUGACAGUAGAAUUGACGAUAGACAGGAUGUCAGGACAGGUGCAAUUGGCCGAGGUGUCAGGAAUGUCGGAAGGAUUACGAGAUGAAACGUUGUCGUGCUCCGAUCUUGCUCGAAUGGCACGUACAGAUUACGUUCGGGAAGCAUGCAAAGCGAUCAACGAGCGUCCGAGGUCGAUUAUUGGUAUCUUACAACGUUUACGCUGCCAGAUCCUGAUCGAAGAUUUGGAGGAAAAAUGCAAUUUGAACGGUUUAGAGUGUUCGACACGUAUGCCACUUCGACAAAUAGAUUAUGCACAAUUGCAAGCGACACCGAAUACAUUACUGUUUAUUGCGAUGCAACAAUGUCCAACAUACUAUCUGGUUGUCCAAGUGGCAGAGGACUGUUUCCGUGUUGCGUUAAUGUGUGUGGGAACCUUUUUGGAGGAAAUGAUCACCAGUAUGCGUAUUGUGUCUUUGGAGCGUUUGGACUGGAUGUACGUCUUGAAGACGUGCCAACAAUCAAGGGAACGAUUAGGCAAGCGAAAAAGAGAUGACGACGUCAGCAACACUAUUGAUAUGCUCUCCAUGUCAGAAGACGAUUUGGCAAUCUUGCAUAGCUAUAGCGUUGCACUCGUUUCUUAUCAUAAGAUCGAAGAGCAAUUACGGUUACGGGGCGUGCCUUAUGUGCACGUUGGCGGUAUGACAAAGCAAAAAGAGAAAUCUUUCUGGUCUCAAGAUGACCAAGCAGAGUCUCCAGAUUCAGAGGACAGCGUAUCAACUAUUGUACCGUCACUUUGCAUAGAUGCACGUAUGCUUUUGGGCAAUCUGCAAGGAUCUUAUGUCAAGCGGAAUAUUCUCUUACGUCUUCGAAAUUGGAAUGACCCUGUUCGAAGUCGGGUUGAGCUGGCACUAAAAGUUACACUCAGAAGCGGUAUUGUUUCAAGAACAGAUAUUGUUGAAGGCCGAAACAAGAUUCAUUACGACACAAAAGCAGGAAUUCUAGUCUUCUCCAUCUCAGAGAUCGAAACAUACUUUGAGCAAUUCCUGACGACAUGGAGAAGAAUCGAAAAGGUACUCAACUUAUUGAAAACGUUGUGGAUUUUGGGACAAUACGAAAAGAGUGGGCGUGAGCAUCAAUUUGAUUUUCGUUUGCACUCAUUCGAUCUUGUGCAUGCCACUUUCACAUAUGAUCAAGGUUUGAUGGCAAAGAUUGGAUGGAUACAUGACCCUGCAAAAAGACGCAAUGGAUCAUUUGCAUUAGCGUUUGAUACGAUAAAGUCGGAUGAUGCGAGUGCAGAAGAGACUAGGCGGACGAAUCCCCAUGCCAUCCUACGAUUUGCGCUCGAGCAGGCUCUCAAUCGUGGUAAUGAAGCCAAGCCGAAUUUCUGGCUGUCAUUCUUGAUGCUAUUGAGAAGAACUUUGCCGCUCGCAAGACUGGUUUGUGGUUAUCCCAACGAAUGUUUGGAAUCGAUUGAGACACCAGAGUUGGGUGUGAGAUCGGCAUCGUGGAUUCAACUUACAUUCUUGGACCGAUUUAAGCUGGAUGUAAGACUGCUGACAGCAAAUCGAGUCUUGUUUGUUGAUGCAGGUCGUGCAACAUCGCAUAGACGUGGCAAAGAGGAAAAGAAAUCGAAUGUUGAAGAUGAAUUCACACUUCAUUCUUCAUCCCGGGAUGUAGAUAUGGACGAUUUAGAUGAAGCCAUUCUAGAAUGGAGCGCCAUACCCAGCUUUGAUAAGAUCAUCCAAGAACUUGCUGGUGAAAUCUUACAAAAGGGUGCAAAGAAGGAUGCAAUGCAAAUCCAAGAAUCUACCCAAGGUAGAUCAAAUUCCGUCUUGACGUUCGCGGAUGCAUUGCUCUAUCGCGGUAAUUCAGACGAGGUAGAAUGGAUUUUGAAGGAAUUGAUUAGCAAGGUACAAAAAGUGAUUUUCACGGACACAAAUUCCAUAGACGGUUGAGGAAAAGUGCUUUGAUCUUUCACUCAAUGUACAACUCUUUCACAGUAAAAAACGGCUUGCCUUUUUGUGCAUACCAAAGCCAUGUAUUUUUAGACAUUCACACAUCAUACUCUUUCGAGUGCAUCAAAAUGGUAUGAUUCUAAAAGGAUUUUACA